UUACAUAAAAGCGUGUCUCGCCACAGUAAACCUUUUUAGUUUUUUUCGCUUUGAAAAACUACCAUAGCAUAAAUGAACCGGUUCAUACUUUUCACAAUCAUAGCAGUGCAGGCAAUCGUAAUUUCAAUGUGUUCACAGCCUCAGAUCACCGUCGAUGUGUCUUGUGCAUCAACCGUGCAAGUUUCCUGCACUGGCAUGGGUUCUUCAUACGGACUAUGGAAAUUUUUUAUGAAAAGAGGGAAGCAACGUUUGCAAAAUAUAGCCAAAGUUUUUUUCAAUGAAUUAGAAUGCAAUGUUAUUUACCUCUCCACUAUUAAAUCAUCGCAAUGUGUGUGCAUACUUGGAACAGGUGUCAUGUGCAACAUAUCUAGUGACAAUGCUGUUAACGCUGGAGAUGCAUGGUAUUGUUCACAUAUCUCUGCAAGAUCUCCUUAUUACAAAGAAACAGUUUACUUGUCUAUUCAAGAAUUUUCCAACAGAGAGCUUAUAGUGAUCUUUGCAGCUGCGGGAUCAGCAGUUUUCAUUGCUGUAUGUGCCUCCAUCUGUACAUAUUGGAAAUUGAAAACAGGAUUUAGAGCAGUCAAUAAUCCAGUUGCUGAAAACGAUAAUGCAACAGUUCAACACAAUGAUAUUGAUGCAAAUAUUUUACAAAUGCCUCUACAAGAGAACACAUAUGUUCAUUACCAUGAAAUUUCAGAAGUUUCUACAGUAGAUAUUAAUUUAGCAGUUGAUAACAAGAACAUUGAAAUAGACAUCGCAGACAUUCAUGUACGUGAUGGUAAUCUGUCAACCUCCACGAUGAAACUGGGAACUAUUAAUCAACUGCUUCAUAUGACAGAGAACGAUCCAUCAACAUCUUGGGCUGGAAAACCUCUACAAAAAGAUCCACCGCCGAUUGUAUUUAUGGCAUUAGCAGAGAUGACUAUUUCUGACGUUGAUGUUACUGUGUCCAAUAUUCUCAGGGCUGAUGUGGAGGGUGCUUGUUACGAAAAUUUAGACCCCGAAAGGCGUGUUGAUAAAUGCCAAUACAACUCACUUGUUUAGAAAAUAUGUGAUUGAAACUGUUGCUGAGAGGAUGAAGAUAGUGUUCGACAAUUAACCUGCCUUAUGUUGCAAGGAUUCGUGAAAUGGGCUUUUGUCAUGUUUGAAAGUGUUUGAAUUGUUUAUAACUAUUUGCAUAACUAUAAUUUUUGGCAUUUUGAGCUAAUUAUUAGUACAUUUGUUGAAUCAUUAGAAGUAUACAUUUACUAAUCGUUUACAUAUGUACCUCGAUGAACCAAUAUUUGUUAUUGAAAUAACAGUGUAACAGUCGUAAUAUAUUAAAGAAGAUCAGUGAACUAUUUCUGAACGCCCAAUUGAACUAUGGCGCUUCAUUUGUAUUUAAAAUGCCGGCUUUUUUAAUAGAAGUUUAAUUUCCGUGUUUCAACAGACAAUCAGUUUGUUAUAAUAACAAGGCAACAUAGAACGGCGAAAAACUAUCUUACAAAAGCCUCUGAAAGUACCAACAUGUGACACCCACUUGUCAUCAAUAAUGAGGCACGGCUUUGCUUCACUACAAUCCCUGUUUGUCCAUUAAAUUAUUUCCCGAUAAAUUGACGCACGCGAGCCUUGGAAGAUAUAUGCGUGAUUUUGCUUCUUAGGCCACAGUUAUUGCUAGACUAACCUGAGAGAUUGUUUUGUUUAAUCAUUUACAUAUAAAUAUGACACAUACUGGUAUUUUGUCAUAUUAUAAUGAAAAAAUAAACACAUUCGCACGCAGGUCUGUUAAUGACUUACUUAUCAAAAAUUGGAAAUAGUUUUCCGAAAACACACUAUCGGAAGGCUGAACAACUAAAGUUGAAUAGCAACGUUUCCUUUUGCCUGUGUAUUUCACAAACUCUAUGAAAAACUAAAACGAUUAUAAACGUUGACAUGAAAUGGAUCAAUUCAUUAUGUGAAUUAGCAUUAUUAAUCAAUGCUUACUGGAUCUUACCGAAAAAAAUCUUUUCGUGAA